UUUCAAUCCAACAAUUGGAUUCCUCAUUAAUAUUACCGAAUCAGAUACCAUGUACAAAUCUUAAAAAAUCCAAAACACACACACACACACACAUCAUUUUUGCUAAGUUCUGUGGUCACAUAUUGUUCAGGUGAUAAAGGGACAUUACGCUCAAGCUUGAUUUUUUUUUUCUUCAUUAGACUCGUUACGUUGUUCGAUUGGAGAAGUGGGGUUGUUCAUAGAUGGCAAAAAAGAGUGAUGAAGAGAUGAGAAGUGAAACGGUAGCAGCAGCUGAAGGAGAGGCAAAAAUGGAGGGUUCUGUUGAAUCUCAUCCUUAUGCAUUUCACAUUUCGGGUCCUCGAAAUGUUUCUUCUCCUAAUUGGAGAGAUCUCAUUAAUUCUAGUUGGAAGGAUGCUAACUACAAAAGAACUGUAAUGGCCUGUUUUGUCCAAGCAGUUUACCUUCUUGAAAUCGACAGACAAGAAAACAGGACAGAAGAAAAUGCACUUGCUCCAAAAUGGUUGAUACCCUUCAAGUACAAGUUAGUCGAGACUCUAAACGAUGAACGAGAUGGAUCCAUUUUUGGUGCAAUCUUAGAAUGGGACAGAUCAGCAGCAUUGGCUGAUUUUGUACUAAUCAGACCAAGUGGUGCACCUAGGGCUGUUGUAGCCUUAAGAGGAACACUUUUAAAAAGCCAAACAAUGAGAAGAGAUAUCGAAGAUGAUCUCCGUUUCUUAGCUUGGGAAAGUUUAAAAGGUUCCGUAAGAUUCAAUGCAGCACUGAAGGCGUUAAAAUCAAUCGCCAACAAGUAUGGAAGCAAUAAUGUGUGUAUUGUAGGCCAUUCACUUGGUGCUGGAUUUGCUCUUCAAGUUGGAAAAGCGUUAGCGAAAGAAGGUAUACAUGUAGAGGCACAUUUGUUCAAUCCACCCUCAGUUUCACUUGCUAUGAGUUUCAGAAACAUUGGCGAAAAAGCUGGAUUCGCGUGGAAAAGAUUCAAAUCAUCAAUGCUCUCGUCAAACACUGAUACUGAAACCAGUUGCAACGAAAAUAUGCCAUCAUUUCGGAUAGGUCUAAAACAAUGGGUGCCUCAUUUGUACAUUAACAACAGCGAUUAUAUAUGCUGUUCGUAUACUGAUCAAGAUAACGAUUUACAAGACAAGCACGCUGAUAAGGAGAACGCGAAACCAGCAAACGGACAUUUUGCUGGUGCAAAGCUUUUCUUGUCAUCAAAUAAAGGGAAACAGAAGUUUCUUGAGGCACAUGGAUUGGAACAAUGGUGGUCUGAUAAUUUGGAAUUACAAACGGCUAUUAGUAACAGCAAGCUUAUUACUCAGCAGUUGAAGUCUCUGUACACUAUUCCUGCUUCUCAAUUAACACAAGCGAAGCGCCAAUGAAUUGAAAUGCUUCCUUUUUUGUGUGUGCAUCUUUAUUUUUCAUACAUUUUUUCUCCUUGCGCUUGUAUUAAAAAUGAACUUUUCGAAAUUUAUAUAAAGGGAGGAGCUA